AUGAGCAAGAGGGUUGGCAUCAUCGGAGCUGGAGUCAGUGGCUUGGCUGCCAUAUGGUGCUGUCUGGAGGAGGGGCUGGAGCCCACUUGCUUUGAAAGGAGCAACGAUGUUGGAGGCCUGUGGAAAUUCUCGGACCACACAGAAGAAGGCAGAGCCAGCAUUUACCAGUCUGUAUUCACGAACUCUUCCAAAGAAAUGAUGUGCUUUCCAGACUUCCCUUACCCGGAUGAUUACCCAAACUACAUGCACCACAGCAAGCUCCAGGAAUAUAUAAAGACAUUUGCUCAAAAGAAGGAUCUUUUAAGAUACAUACAGUUUGAGACCCUGGUUUCCAGUAUAAAGAAAUGUACCAGCUUCUUAGUCACGGGCCAAUGGGUUGUUGUUACUGAAAAGGAUGGGAAACAGGAAUCUACUAUUUUUGAUGCUGUAAUGAUUUGUUCAGGACAUCAUGUAUACCCCAAUCUGCCAACUGAUUCCUUUCCUGGCCUGGACCGGUUUCGAGGCAACUACCUCCAUAGCCGGGAUUAUAAGAAUCCAGAAGCCUUCAAGGGGAAGAGGGUCCUCGUGAUCGGUCUGGAGAAUUCGGGAUCUGACAUUGCUGUUGAGCUCAGCCGUCUGGCUACACAGGUCAUUAUCAGUACCAGAAGUGGUUCCUGGGUCAUGAGUCGGGUCUGGGAUGAUGGCUAUCCUUGGGAUAUGGUUUCCCUGAGAAAAGAGCCUGUGUUCAAUGAUGAGCUCCCAUCCCACAUCCUGUGUGGCAUUGUGUCCAUCAAGCCCAGUGUGAAGGAGUUCACGGAAACCUCAGCUGUGUUUGAGGAUGGGACCGUGUUUGAGGCUAUCAACUCUGUCAUCUUUGCAACAGGCUAUGAUUAUUCCUACCCCUUCCUUGAUGAGACUAUCAUGAAAAGCAGAAACAAUGAGGUCACCUUGUUUAAAGGCAUCUUUCCCCCACUAAUGGAGAAGCCAACCUUGGCUGUGAUUGGCUUGGUUCAGUCCCUUGGAGCUGCCAUCCCCACAGCAGACCUGCAAGCCCGCUGGGCUGCUAAAGUAUUUGCAAGUAGGUGCACCCUGCCAACUAUGAAUGAAAUGAUGGAUGACAUUGAGGAGAAAAUGGGGAAAAAACUCAAGUGGUUUGGCCAGAGCCAGACUUUGCAGACAGAUUACAUCACAUAUAUGGAUGAGCUGGGCUCUUUCAUAGGGGCCAAGCCUAACAUACCAUGGCUCUUCCUGACAGAUCCCCGCCUGGCCCUGGAGGUGUACUUUGGCCCUUGCAGCCCAUAUCAGUUUCGACUGAUGGGACCAGGGAAGUGGGAUGGGGCCAGAAAUGCCAUCCUGACCCAAUGGAACCGGACAGUGAAGCCAACCAGGACAAGAGUUGUCAGUGAAGCUCAGCGACCCUACCCCUUUUACAAUUUGCUUAAAAUGCUUUCAUUCCCAUUACUCCUUCUGGCUGCUACACUUACAUUUUAUUAA